UGGACAAGUGAGUGAAGCUGGCAGAUUGGAAAUUUCAAAGUCAUUGGUAUCAGCCACAGAUUCACGAAGAGUUGGAGAACUCAAGCCCAAACUGGUCUUGUGACUGAAUACACUUCUGACAGUAUGUUGCCGGUCUGGUUACUGGGUGUGUUGCUCAUUGGAUAUUCUCUAUUUCAAACUGUUACGACAGCAGGUUCAGAAGAAGCUCAAGGCAGUCCUUUUGUAAACAGCUCUGUACGAGAAGCUAUCAGACUGGUGAAUAGGGCAGACAGAAAGACUCGAGACAGAGACAGCGUUAAGCAGAAACUCCUAAGAAGAUCAGCAAGCUUUAAGGAGCUAAUGGUCCUCUUCAAUCAGCCCACUGCAGAGACCAGGACAGGAAUAAGGUCUGCAGAGAACAUGCAAGCUGCACUGAACCUCAUCCAACGUAGGGCUCAUCACGUCCACAAACGCUCACUGAACAUAUCAGAUGUUCAAUCAAACAAUGACCUCAGCCACAUCUUGCAAACUUCAGGCUGUUCACCUCUAACCAAGCUUCCAGUCUGCACUGAAGAAACUGAAUUCUACAGGACCAUCAAUGGUCAGUGCAACAACAGAAACAAUCCCUUACUUGGAGCAGCUUUCACCCCAUUGAAACGAUGGCUCGCACCUGAAUAUGAAGAUGGAAUUACAAUUCCAAGAGGUUCAAAGAAGGGCUUACUAUAUUCCGGAUUCCCUUUGCCACUGGUCCGCCAUGUGUCCAACAAGAUAAGGAAUUUUCUCAAUUAUGAAACACCCUUGGACUUCAAAUAUUCUCAGUUCCUAAUGCAAUGGGGCCAAUGGAUUGAUCAUGAUCUAAGUUUAACUCUUAUGUCUGGAAAAGGUGAUGUUGACUGUGGCACAAGUUGCUCCAAAGAAGCCCCAUGCUUCCCAAUUGAGAUUCCACAGGAUGAUCAUAGAAUUAUGGACCCUAACGGAUGUCUGUCUUUCUUCCGUUCUGCUCCUGCAUGUGUCACCCGCCAAUCAGCCAAACGCUUUGGAAAUCUUCACACACGUGAACAGUUAAAUGGUAUCACAGCCUUCAUCGAUGGCAGCAUGGUGUACGGCAGUACAAAGGCCCAGGCAAACCUCUUGAGAGACCAAACAAGUAAUUUGGGUCGGUUACGUGUGAAUGAAGCCUUCACAGACAAUGGAUUAGAACAUUUACCAUUUAUGAAUGUUUCAAUGAACCCUUGUGCUCAAAGUCGCUGUCAGACAGUUGACGAUGAUCAUCCUGAUAUUCCAUGUUUCAUUGCUGGUGACAAGCGUGCAAAUGAGCAUAUCAGGGUCACGGUGCUCCAUACAAUAUUCGUCCGGGAACACAAUCGCUUGGCAAGAGAGCUGAAGAAACUGAACCCACAUUGGAGUGGAGAAAGAAUCUACCAGGAGGCGAGAAAAAUCAUUGCAGCAAUUCACCAGAUAAUUACCUACAGAGACUACCUGCCCAAAAUAAUUGGCCCAAGAGCAAUGAGGAAAUACCUGCCCAAAUACAGAAGUUAUAAUAGUUCUAUUGAUCCAAGUAUUAAGAAUGCUUUUGCCACUGCAGCCUUCCGAUUUGGACAUGGUACGAUUCAUGCAAUAGUGCCACGUCUGAAUGAAAGUUACAAGGAACAUCACAAAUUUCCCAAUCUAUUGCUGCGUAAUUCCUUCUUCACUCCAGGGAAAUUGAUAUACCAAGGUGGAAUUGAUCCAUUUCUUCGUGGAUUAAUUAGAUAUCCAAACAAACUAAUGAAGCAAGAUAUCGUUCUUGUGAAUGACUUGUAUGAUCAUUUGUUUGAAAAUGUUAGUCAAGUGGCUGAUGACUUGGCUUCACUGAAUAUGCAACGAGGCCGGGAUCAUGGACUUCCAGGAUACAAUUCCUGGAGAAGAUUCUGCGGUCUUAGUGCACCGAAAAAUGAGGAGGAAUUCAGCAAAGUUCUCAAAAACCCAACAGUGGCAAAUAAUCUCAUCAAACUGUAUGGAACUCCAGAAAACAUUGACUUGUGGCUGGCAGGAAUCAUUGAGCCCUUUGUGAAGCGUGGAAGAGUAGGCCAGUUGUUCGCUUGUCUGAUAGGAAAGCAAUUCCAAGAAUUGAGGGAUGGAGACAGAUUCUGGCAUGAACAGAAAAAUAUAUUUUCUAAAGAACAACACCAAACUCUUCUUCGGGUUUCACUGGCAAGGAUAAUCUGUGACAACAGCAAGAUUGAAUUUCUCCCGAUUGAUGUAUUUGUAUUAAAUCCAUUUCUGAACUGCCGCUGGAUUCCAAAGAUAAACUUGAACUUUUGGAAAGAUGUGAUGUAACUUCAAGAUGCGAAUAGGAACACGUUCCACUGCGGAAAUUUCAUGACAGUACAUCUAUUCCAAAAAAGAAAUCAAUGAUGGGUUACAGAAUAACCGUGGGAAUGCAUCAAAAUAAUCACAAAAUAAAUAAAUGAUUUAAAAUGUGAUUAACUCCUCUUUUAAUUGCAAAGAAAUGAUUCAGAGUUCAGCUGCAUUCUUGACUGGGCAUUAGCAAUGGAAUUUGCUUCAGUUAUUCACAAUGAUACUUGGAGGCUUUGGAAGAUAAGCUUUAAAGAUUUAUAUCCACCUUAUUCACAAUUCAUGUCACAGUUCACGAUUUGUCUAAUUAUUGCUUAAAGCUGAAUGAUUCAUCAAUUUCACCACUUUUACUAAAACAGUGCUAUAAAUGCAUUUUGAUUAAAUUCUGCACAAUGGUACCUUGGUGGAUUUGGGGAUGUGACUGCACUAGCCCUUCUUGGAACCAAAGAAAUUCAAUCUUGAGGGAGAAUUAAUUUAAUUUUAUCAUGCAUUCUUAUCUUAUCUGUGAUGGUUUAGUAGUAUUACCACUGGACUACUAGUCCAGGGACCCAGAUAAUGUUCUGGGGACCUGGGUUCAAAUCUCGCCAUGACAGAGAGUAGAAUUCAAUAAAAAACUGGAAUUAAGAGUCUAAUGAAGACCACUCAACCAUUGCCAAUUGUUGGAAAAAUCCACCUAGAUCAAAAAUGCCCUUUGGGAAAGGAAGCUGCCAUCCUUUCCUGGUCUGGCCUACAUGUGACUCCAGACCCACAACAAUAUGGUUGACUCUUAACUGCCCUCUGGGCAAUAAAUGCUGGCCUAUCCAAUGACACCCUCACCCUGUGAAUAAUUUUUUUUAAAAUUCAAUUUGUAUCCAUAUCAAAUAUGAUCAGUCAAUGACAAGAAAUGCUGUUCUAUUCAAUUAUUUUGAAAAAUAAAUGUUCUACCUGUAA